AAAAAUGUGACAGCGAAUUAGAAGCUUUAUUCAAACGAAACUUUAUAUCCUGUAAAAAGAUAUCAAAUCUUUUCCCCUCACUUUCUGUUUUUCUUGGAGCUACGUCUCGCCAAACGCUUAAUGAUGUAACAACCAUAGAAUGUUCAUAUAGAAAAUUUGAAAGGGAAGAACUUAAGAUUUCAAAAUCAAAUCUUACUCCUACAAAUAAUUUUAUUAUGGAGGUUGAGAAUGCGUUAGAAAGUGAUGAUAAAGAGACUCAGCUUCGUAAGCUAUUAAACGAAUUUGGCAAUUUUUACGCAUGCCGUCUUGUGUUUGGAGGUGCCAUGAUUGAGGAAAUUAGAGACUAUGAAGUUCGGAUCAUCGGUGGAAAUAAAGAAUAUGUUAAUGGUUCCUCUUCCAAACUUUGGGUUAAUUCUCUCAACAAUCGCGAUACUUGGGAUAUUAUUGAAUAUGAUGAAACUUAUUCAAUAUUUGAUAUAUUGGAUUAUAGUUUACAACAAAAAAUUUUAAACGUUUUAG